UGUACAAACAUGAGGUAAACGGAGAAGCAGGUGCUUGGCAUCCAAUAAAGACAGAAAGACGAAGUGUUUGUUAAAUACUCAUAAGAUGUUUUUCUGUCGUCAUCAUUAAUUAUGUUUGAUUAUACCUUUGUUAUGACAUUCAUAUAGUUUACUUCAGCUGCAAAUUUGCGCCUCUGUUGUCGCUUCGCUGUCAAAUACCUUUCGUUUUCCCAGGGAGUUGGUUGAUUUGUUCCCAGACUAAUCAUGAUGGAUGACAUCGAACAGGAAAUAAAUGAGGAGCUGAUGAAAUUAAACCUACAUCCCUCUGAAAAUGAUUCAGAGUCAGACGAUGACAACUUCACUGUUUUGGAUGGAAACGUGCAUUUAGAUGACGAGCUGCCUGACUCAGUACUCACAUAUGUUGAAGCGUCAAGAAAUCGAAUGAAUGCUUUUGAACAAUUAAUCCUUGAAGAUGUUGAAGAAAACGACUUCUCAAGCCAGAACCUGUCUCACAUUAAUCACAGUGAUAAUCCUACAAAUGAACCAGCUGCAGAUUUCAUAGACGACCCCAUAAAAUGGAAAGAGCGAGUUAUCUCUGAAUUAGUGGAACAAGUUGGACAUCUAAAAGACAUUGAGCUGCAGGAUGCCCAGCAGGAGACUCCAGAUAUGUCAGGGAUGGGAGGUGAUAUAUGCAUUGAGAGUGAACUGCAACUUAGUCUUGAGUGGAGAGAAUUAGAGAAAAGACUGACAGAGGAAGAGGAGCAGAAAUUAGCAGCACAGGAAGUAGAAAGAGAGCUGCAUCUGAACUCAGAAAGAGAAGAAGAAGAGAGGAGGAGGAGAGGACUGAUGAAGUUUGAGGAGGAGCUGAAGAAGAUAGAGGAGGCCACUCUGUUUCAGAAUCUUGGAGUGAAAAACGAAGUUCACCACACAGAAGAUCUUCAGCUGGAGCUGGAUAAACAGCAGAACUUAAUAAAAAAACUGGAGGAGCAGAUGGAAGAGGAGAAACAGGCUUUUGAGAAGGCUCAGGAGGAGGAGAGAAGGAGAACCCUGAAACUUCAUUGCAUAGCAGCAACAACGAUUCAAGCUGCUUUCAGAGGAACAUUAGCACGCCGCUGGAGCAAAACCGAGCUUAGAAGAAAGAAAGAAGAGGAGAGGAGACAGGAGGAGGAGAAGAGGGAAUGGGAGAAGAUGAAGAAGGAGAGAGAAGAGGAGAGAAAGAGGAUUGAAGAAGAAGAGCGCGCUCAAAGGGAGGAGAUGGAGAGACGCAGAGCAGAUUAUGAAAGAGCUAAGGAGCAAGAGCGCCAUCGUCUGGAGAAGGAGCAAAGAUUUGAACAAGAGAAGAGGAAAGAGGAGGAAGAUGAGAAGAGGAAGAAAAUGCAGGAGCAGAACCACAUUACAAGAGUAAAAGAUGAUUGCAGAAGACAGGAAGAGGUUGUAGACAAAAAUAAUAGGAGUAAAGCAAGGAGUAGCCGGGUGAAGGAUGAAUGUAAAAGAGAGGAGGAAAGAGGGGAAAAGGACAAAGGCAAUGAGGCAAAUGAGAAAAAAACAGAAGGUGAUAAAAGAAUAAGGCAUGAUAAGAAAAUGGAGAGUGACAGGAAUACGAUGAAGAAACAGGACAAAACUGAAAGCAUAAAUGCAGAAGAACCAGAAAGAUUAGAUGAUACAAGACUACAAACAAUCAGUGCUAAAGACAGAAUAAAGAGCAAUGAAGAAGAAAAAACAGUUGAAAGCACUGAAGAGCUUGACUCUCAGGUAAAUCUUUCUCAGUCAAGAAAAAGCCUUAAAGUUACCAAAACCACUGCAGAGCCCCACAUAAAUCUACAUCAAGUUUGUUCCAAUGACCUUGGUAUUAAUCCAGUUGGUUGCUCAAGUACUGCAGAUCACCUAAGUGUUAAAGCAGAUACGGACUUGGCUCAACUAGCUUCUGAUUUGAAUGUUGUAGCACCUGAGAUGGACACUAGGGGGCAUCAAAAUACAACAGCUAUUGAGCUUGAAGACCAUGAACCAAAAAGCCAAGAAUCAAUAUCAAUAUGUCUGCCUGACAGCACAGAACAAAAGCGACUGGCCUGGAUGAUGAGCUGCACUCCCUGGUCCAAACUAUCGUUGCAGAAUAAAAGGAAGGGGUCUUCUAAACAACAGCAGUCUCAAAAAAGAGGCCCAAGAAAAAGAAUCCCCAGUUUACCCCCUCUGUCUGUAGACACCAUUCUCAAAACAGAAGCUUGGAGCUCUCUCAGUCAGGUUACGACUGUCACGCUAGAAGACCUGCCAGGAUGUAGCCUGUCCACACUGUCCGAGUGUAACAACCUGCAGACUUUAACCGUUAGACGCUGCGGCCUCACAUCCCUGGAUGGAUUGAACCAGUGCGCUCAGAUCAGAUAUAUUGAUGUGCAAGAGAACUCGAUUACCUAUGUGGAUUGUGGAGGUCUGGCCAACCUUCAGGUCCUCCUGCUGGGCAGGAACCAGCUGAUGAACAUCCACGGUCUCGAUGGAGCUGAAAACUUGCAAAUUCUUCAGCUCUCACACAACAACAUCUCUCGCAUAAGUGGUUUAGGACCCCUGAAAAUGCUUCUGCGAUUAUCGGUGGACCAUAACCAGCUGCUCAGCACGAGAGGUUUGAACGAAAUUUAUACUCUUCUCCAUCUGGACUGUUCGUACAACCACCUAAGCCACAUUGAGGGUUUAGAGAAUUGUGCUCUGCUUAACACACUGGACCUCAGAGGAAACAGUCUGACUGAGGUGCCUGUCCUGCAGAACCAUGUUCUUCUGAGGGACCUUCACCUGGAUGACAACCUUAUAUCUUCUGUUCAUGAUCUGGAAUCCUAUUGGCUGCCUUUGCUCCAAAACCUCUCUGUGGCCCAUAACAGGAUGUUGGAUGCCAGUCACAACUGUCUAUCAGAUUUGCAGAACAUUUGUCUGAAUCUUCAGGUAUGCACCAGCCUUCAAGAACUUAAUCUGACUGGUAACCCACUACAGCAGGAAAGCAACUGGAGGUCCUUGGUUCUGGAGACAGUGCCUGGCUUGAUUAAGUUGAAUAAUGAGCAGACUGCUGCUGCCACAGCACCCCGUAAAUGUCCAGAUCAGCAGUGGAGUUUCCAGGCCCUUUGUCAAGCACAGCAAGAGCAGCGAGAUUCACUUCUCCAGCAGCAAAAAAUGGAGACCAGUUCUGCGCCCUCACAACAUGAUGCCCAGCUUCUUGCCAUCGGUCACCAGACAGACCUGUUCAGACUGGCGGUGGACCAGCGUUACGCCCAUGAAUACGGCGACAGCUGUGUCACAGAGGUUUCCACAUUGGCGGCAGCUGCUAACUGUAGUUCAUGUGGUUGUUCUGAAACAUCACAGGGACAAAGUCCAGAGACUUCAGCAGACUGGCACAAAGACAAUCUACAAAAGACUAAACUUUCUCAGUCUGACAUUAAGCUAUGGUCUGCUGACUGCGUGCAGACACAAAGUGAAAAGGAACCUGUUCAGGCACCGAACCUUAAAAUAGCGGCAGCUGUGGCGAUCCAGCGACGCUGGCGGAGGAGAUGCGUAUUGCGGAGGCGUGAGGGCCUCCCAGGCUUAAUUGAAAAAGCUAACACAAAAUCAAAUCUUCAUAAAGUGGAAGAUACCUGCGUCGGGAGGCCUGAAAGGGAACAUGCUGCGGUUGUUAUUCAGGCUGCAUGGAGGGGCUGCGUUCUGCGGAAAAAGCUGGCCUGUGCUCUAGCUGCUGCUCAGAUCACAGAAAGCGAUGAGGACUUCGAAGAGGUGGACAUGGACGAAUUCAUAUUUGAUGAGAAAGCGCUGGAGAAAGACUGGAUAACCCUGGAUUCCAAAGCCUUACCGGCCAGAAUGAUGCCAUUUUCGGAACAGCUGCCUUUGCCAAAGUCUCCACUCCCUCUUCCGAUGCCUCCAAAGACCUUAUCUGUUUUUCCACCUCAGCUGAAACAUGCCUGGUCAGAUAAUGAGGGUGCAGCCUGCUUGGAGCAAAGCAUGUCGCCUCACCUUAGUAGCAGAUCAAGUCUCAGAAGCCACACCCUGUCUGAGAGAUCUGAAAAAAUCAUCAAAGAAUGGGGCUUCGCUAAUGAGUCCACUGCCCUUCUCAUGCUGAAGAGAGCCAGUAGAAUGAAGGGAAGGAAACAGCAGCAGAAGAGAGUAUUUGACCCAAAUCCACGUCUGGCCCUGUUCAGGAGCCACAGUAACCAGUAUGUUUCCACAGAAACUCAAAAGCGGACACGUCCUACUUUCAAGGACAGCUUUAAAGUUCACCAAGCAGCGAAUGAAGUUCACAAAUUACCGAAUGCAGAGGAAAAACAGUCUUACAAGGAGAGAACUUACCAGUGGCUCCACACACAAGCAGUUCAUCCCGACACAGACUCCGCAGGCACGGGACGGGAUCAUUUCCUCCCUGAUAUUGGCCAGGAUAUUCUUAAUGGUGGGAGGGUGCAGCUUGUGGCCAUAGGGGACAGAGAUGGUGUAGAUUCGGGAGCAAGAUUUUGGACUGAAUCCACUAGUGUCUCUCCACCUCUUAAAAAGCAUACUCAGCCUCGAAGAUACUCAGCUGAAAACAGAAAAACUGAAGUGCCAUCACCCACAAGAGUCAAUUCAGCUCCGAUCCGAAAUGAACGCAUCUCGUUCCGGGACAACCCCGUGCGACGCAGCGGAGGCUGGGGUGGAGGAAAGAAGAGAGCCAAACUGAGCAAGUAAAACGAUAACUACAUCAGCUUGUGUUUGUUGCACUGAGAUAAUAUUGAUUCAGUUUGUUCUUUUGUUUUGGCCCUUCAUAUUUGCGGCUGUGUAUAUAUUCAGAGUGUGAUGGAUGUCUUGUUGAUGUAAGCCCUUAACAAGACUUACAAUGCACAUUUGAUCUCCGCUGAAAUUCCUUGCAGCUGCUGUUUUUACUAAAAUCCAGCUUCCUCUCCUGCAAAUGAAUUAGAAGCAAUGGAUGAGAUAUAGCCCAAAUAUCUGCAGGCGGUCACAGGAUACGUAUUGCUUUCAAGUAUCACUCCAUUUAACAUGAGCACUGCGAGCCAUGGACUGGGUGGAAACCAUUUACAAAUGACAUGCUUAAUAUGCAGACAAUGACAGGCAAUCGAAACCAGCUCGUUCCUGUUUUAAUUUACUUGAGGGUUUUUUUCUUUAUGCUAGGAAUGUUGCUCUUAAAGCUAAAAAUAAGACGAUGCACAUUUAAUGAAAGUAAUAUAUCAAAGAUCACUGUCGAUACAUUUUUGUUUUUGUACAUAUUUGUCUCUCAUAAAAGAUAGAAGUGUUUUCUUUAGUGUUACUGCCAGAUAAGGAUAUCCUUGUUUGUGCGUUUUCAUUUCGGAUAUCAAAAAGCUGAGUGUUCACAAACAGUGCUUGGAAAAGUACUUUCUGGAACCAGCUUGGAGCUCAUUUUUAUGCCUAUAGAAAUGCUCAAAUAAAUCUUGAAAAGGGAUGUCUUAUUAGUGGGAGUUUUGGCAUUGCGUUUGGGCAGACGGCCCAUAGGUCUCAUACUUAAUCCAGAGACACUGGCUGACUGCUGUGGUAUUGUCUUGUUGAAUUAUAUACACAUAAAUACUUUUAAUACUGUAAAUAGAUAUAAAUAUAGGUUAUACUUUAUUUUGAUAGUCCACUACUGACUGUAAGAGACUUUGCAACUGAUGUAAAUUCAUGUCCCAAUCGCAUU